GGCAGGACCGCGCAAGCCUCUUUCCACCUCGCCUCUGGGCCAAUGCUUUCUUUUGAAUUCUGUGUGAUUGGCAGGCACUCAGGCCAAUCGUGGUUAAAAAACCUUGAAGCCUCCCCAAACGAUCGUGAGCAGGAGGCGGUUUCUUGUUUGUUGGGCUUGUGUAUGUGUGUUUGCGGGGACUAAGGGGUACGCGGAGGCGAAGCCGCGUCGGCCAUGGCAGCAGCGGAGGAGGAGGAUGGGGGCUCUGAGGGGCCAAACGGCGAGCGGGGCGGGGCAGGCGCGACCUUCGAAUGUAAUAUAUGUCUGGAGACUGCUCGGGAAGCUGUGAUCAGUAUGUGUGGCCACCUGUACUGUUGGCCCUGUCUUCAUCAGUGGCUAGAGACACGGCCAGAGCGGCAAGAGUGCCCAGUGUGUAAAGCUGGGAUCAGCAGAGAAAAGGUUGUCCCCCUUUAUGGGCGAGGGAGUCAGAAGCCCCAGGAUCCCAGAUUGAAAACUCCACCCCGCCCCCAGGGCCAACGACCAGCUCCAGAGAGCAGAGGGGGAUUCCAGCCAUUUGGUGAUACCGGGGGCUUUCACUUCUCCUUUGGUGUUGGUGCUUUUCCCUUUGGAUUUUUCACCACCGUCUUCAAUACCCAUGAGCCAUUCCGCCGGGGUGCAGGUGUGGAUCUGGGACAGGGUCACCCAGCCUCCAGCUGGCAGGACUCCCUCUUCCUGUUUCUCGCCAUCUUCUUCUUUUUCUGGCUGCUCAGUAUUUGAGCUAUGUCUUCUUUCUGCCCACCUCUAGCCAGAGGAGAAUCAGUAUUGGGGGUUCCUGCUGACCCUUCCUUCCUCCCCGGCCCUCCCCCCAGCCCCUCCAUUUCUGUUGGCUAAGGCCAGCCUUGGCCACUCUCCAGGAGGGUGUGGGGAGGAGCGCCACCUGCACAGAGGAUGGGAGAAGCAUUCUCUUUGAACUGCGCACUCUCGCUCCGUAGCGGCGCACCUCCCAGCUCUGGGAGGGAGGAUGGAUGGAAGAGAAGGUCUGUUUCUCCUCUUUGCUCAUCCUUUGCCUUCCCCCACGUUUCUUGAUUUGAUGUUGAAAGGUGGGCAAGGCUCCCUCUGACUUUCCCCUUGUUGAUUUAAUUUAAUUUUUCUCUCCCCAGUGUCUAAUAUGGGUUCUGACUCUAAAUGCUUCCUUCCCCUCACUAUCUUCAUUACAAAUUCAAUAAACAAGUUGAGAUGCAUUGAUGAGAA